UGUUUGUGAGUUUGGUUUAGAGUUUUGAGGUGCUCUGAAUAAUAUAACGAUGUGGAAGAUGGCGGUUCUUGUAGUAUUUGGUCUGCUAUUGAGCUUGGCAAUGGUGUGUAAUGGAGGUAUUACAAGCACUUUUGUGAGGAAAACUGAGAGUACUGUCGAUAUGCCUUAUGAAAGUGAUGCCUUCCAAAUUCCUCCAGGCCACAAUGCACCUCAACAGGUUCAUAUAACACAAGGAGAUCAAGAAGGGACGGCAAUGAUUGUGUCAUGGAUCACUCCGGAUGAACCAGGUUCUAGCGUAGUGCUUUUUUGGAGCGAUAAGCAUAAGACAAAGAAGGCAGAGGGCAAAGCCAAACAAUAUAAAUACCAUGAUUAUACUUCUGGUUACAUUCACCACUGCACCAUCAGAAAAUUAGAGCACAAUACCAAAUAUUACUACAAGAUUGGAAUUGGCCAAGCUGAGAGGACAUUUUGGUUUGUAACUCCUCCUGCAGUUGGGCCAGAUGCCCCUUACACAUUUGGUCUUCUUGGGGAUUUAGGUCAAACCUUUGAUUCAAACAAGACACUUGCUCAUUACGAAUCAAACCCAUUGAAAGGCCAAACAGUUUUGUGUCUUGGUGACCUAUCUUAUGCUGAUAACCAUCCAAAUCAUGACCAAGUUAAGUGGGAUACGUUUGGAAGGUUCAUUGAGAGAAGUGCUGCUUAUCAACCUUGGAUUCAUACUGCAGGAAAUCAUGAGAUUGAUUAUGCACCAGAAAUUGGUGAAACAAAACCUUUCAAGCCUUACAAGCACCGGUAUACCACUCCGUUUAAAGCAUCGGGGAGUACUGCUCCUUUCUGGUACUCAGUCAAGAUAGCUUCAGCACACAUCAUAGUCUUGUCUUCAUACUCAUCAUACGGUAAAUACACUCCUCAGUAUAAAUGGCUGGAGCAGGAGCUACCAAAAGUUAACCGGGAUGAGACACCAUGGCUGAUUGUUUUAGUGCAUUCCCCAUGGUACAAUAGCUACAACUAUCACUAUAUGGAAGGGGAAACCAUGAGAGUCCAAUUCGAGUCCUGGUUUGUUCAGCACAAGGUCGAUGUGGUAUUUGCUGGACAUGUCCAUGCCUACGAACGAUCUGAGCGUGUAUCAAAUAUUGCAAAUAACCUCGAAAAUGGUAAAUGUUCCCCGGUGAAAGAUCAAUCUGCACCUGUCUACAUUACAAUUGGCGAUGGAGGAAACAUUGAAGGCUUAGCAACCAAUAUGAGAGACCCACAACCAGAUUACUCAGCUUACAGAGAGGCCAGUUUUGGUCAUGCCAUUUUUGACAUCAAGAACCGAACUCAUGCCUACUAUAGCUGGCACCGGAAUGAUGAUGGAGCUGCAGUCAAAGCAGAUUCUAUGUGGUUUUUCAACAGAUAUCAUCAUCCUGUUGAUGACUCCACAAGUUCCCAAUCUUGAUCGAUCAUGCAAUGUUAGAGAACUUUUAGAUUGUCGAUGUUGAAUAGUUUCAAUAUUUUCUUCAUGUACUUUUUACAUCAUUUCCUCCUUCUCCUUCGGAUUUAGGCAGGCUUAAGGUUGAUAAAUAUAAAUGUUUAUGGUUUGUUUUUU